AUGUCGCUUUGCCAAAUCAGACUUCAAGAAGAAAGAAAACAGUGGAGAAAGGAUCAUCCAUUUGGAUUUUUUGCAAAACCCUUGAAAGCAGCAGAUGGAUCAUUAGAUUUAAAAUCUUGGACUGCAGGAAUACCUGGUAAAUCAAAUACCUUAUGGGAAGGUGGAUUAUAUCCUAUCAAAAUCGAAUUUCCAGAAGAAUAUCCAUCAAAACCACCAAAAAUAAAAUUUCCACCUGGAUUUUAUCAUCCAAAUGUUUAUCCAAGUGGAACAAUUUGUUUAAGUAUAUUAAAUGAAGAUCAAGAUUGGAAACCAGCUAUUACUUUAAAACAAAUAGUUUUGGGUGUUCAAGAAUUAUUAGAUACACCAAACCCUGAUUCUCCUGCUCAAGAACCUGCCUGGAAAACUUUUAGCAGAGACAAGUCGGCUUACGAAAAAAAAGUAAAAGAACAAGCCAAAAAAUAUGCUAGUGGGGAAUCAUAA